CAGUGUAUAACAAAGCCAGAUAAUUUUCUUGUUUCAUUUUCGUUACAACUUUACAAAACCAGACGCAAACAAUAAAAAUCUCAAAAGCUUCACUGAUAGCCAUGGAAACUCUCACGUCUUACUCCCCUUCUCUCUCCAUCUUCUCUCCUAAAUCCAAAGACCUUCCUUCUUCUUCUUCUUCCCGUAAAUUUGUCAAGUUUUCCGUUUCACGCAAAAAUAAUGGAAAUGAACCUGAUUUUCAAUCGGAUGCCAAUGACUGCACCAGCAUCGUUCCAAUCCUCAAUAAUCCUACUCUAUCCAAGGAUGAUGCUAUGGGUUUGGUCCUUAGCGCAGCUAAUGUAAGAGGCUGGACUACUGGCUCAGGUAUGGAAGGGCCACCUGUGCCUGCUGGUUCAGAUUCUGAAUCCAGUACAGACCAGAUUUCCACCUUCCCUUGGUCUCUCUUUACUAAAUCUCCACGAAGACGUAUGCGUGUAGCCUUUACUUGCAAUGUUUGUGGCCAGCGCACCACUCGUGCAAUCAAUCCUCAUGCUUAUACUGAUGGCACUGUUUUUGUCCAGUGUUGUGGAUGCAAUGUGUUUCACAAGCUUGUGGACAACUUGAACCUGUUUCAUGAGAUGAAAUGCUACGUGGGCCCCAACUUCAAUCCGAAUCCGGACAAUGAUAUUGGGUUCAAGUAUUUUGAUUUGGAUGAUGACAACAAUGAUGGCAUCUUUCCCCUUUUGUAAGGUCUGGUAGAAGGAUGUGUAAAGAUCAUUCCGUUGCUUCUAUUAGGCAAUUUCUCUCCUCAUGUGACUGUAAAUAACAAGUAUACCCUGUUAAUGUCUAUGUUAAUAAUCGAAUCUGUACAAAUUGAAAUAUGCAUGUCCAUAUGUCUAAUCUUUGUUGAUCUUAAAUCUUCCGGGUUCUAUUGUGGGAUUUGCUUGGAUGAGGGGCUCUGUGCUCCUUAAUGUUUUUAGA